ACCACGAGAGAUUGUUUAAUUUGACUCCCAAGUGAAUACAUGGUUUUUGACUGUUAUGUCUUAUUUUGUUCACAGCACUACGAGCGAUUGUUUAAUUUGACUCGCAAAGUGAAUUUUGUCGACAAUUUACCUUAUUACUGGCUACAAAGAUUUGUUAAUUAUUCUUGUCGUCCGUAGUAGCCAGGGAGGAUAUUACACAAUGAAGAUCUAUGUUUGUAUUACGUGUAUCUUGACUUUGUUCUACUCCGGAAUUCAGGAUGUUUCUGGCCAGGUUGAGAAACUGAUAGAUUCCCUCAAAGCCCAGAAUCAGAUACAACGUCCAAAUGCCACACAAGUACAAGGUCAGCAAAUCCCGGCUUGUCCAACCUUCUUCGCUGACCCCGCCCUACAGAUCCUCACACAGGGGUUCUCCAACAUGGACAACUUCAAGAACGUCGAGUUGGCGCCAUUUCUGGAAGUCAGAUACCCAGGUUCACCCGGAAACAUUCGGGUUCGAGAGUACAUCAAGGCUCAGUUCCUCGCCUUCGGAUGGCAGGUGGCAGAAGACCCUUUCGUUGCUUUGACACCGUUUGGACCUGCUCCUUUCGUCAAUGUCAUCGCCACAAUCAACCCCAACGCCCCCCUGCGCCUCAUCUUUGCCUGUCACUUCGACUCUAAGCUCAGCCCACCGGGUUUUGUCGGAGCGAUGGACUCGGCGGUGCCGUGCGCUCUUCUCGUUAACCUUGCCCGGCAGCUCACCAUCAUUCUGAAUUCUCUGGAAUCUGAUGUGACCAUCGAAAUGAUCUUCUUUGACGGAGAGGAGGCACUGUACUUGUUCAACGAACAAGACUCACUCUACGGUUCUCGACACCUGGCAGAAGUUUGGUUCAACACGCUGGACAGAUUCGACAAUACCAAGAAUAAAUUGCAGAACAUUGUGAGUGUUCAUUCCUGUUGUGGCUUGUCGAGAAUCGUGCACCUGAUAACCUCCCCGUUCCCGCCAACUUGGCACACUCUCAACGACAGCCCGGAGUCUAUGGACGACAACGUCAUGGAUGACAUGGGCAGGAUUCUUCGCAUCUUCACCCUUCACAUCGCCGUUUUCAACAAGAUUCAACAGAUCUCCAAUUCAGGGUUAGGGUAACUGGCGGAGAGGACGAGCGGGUAGGAGUAGAGAGAAAUGAGGUGAAAGGUUGGAUGCAACGUGGGAGUAUGCCGAGAAUGAAAAUAAAAUUGUACUCUAAAUCUAAGGAGUCGUCUCCUGAGUUCAAA